AUGAAGCAAAAUCGACCAAGCAGGUCUCAGCAACGAAAAAUUAAGAAGGCAAGAGAAAAGUCAGCUGAGGCGAUGUCUGGAUCAAUUUUAAAAUAUGUUGCACCUUCAACAUCUACCGCAGUCGGAGAAAGUGCUGAAGACAUUCAGUCUGUUGAAUCCAGAGGUGAAAUGCCUGAAGUAUCUUCUCAAGAAGCUUCAUAUGUGAAAGCACAAGAAUUGGAGAAGAUCAUUUUAUCUUCAAGCGGUGAAAGCGAUGUAAACAAAGGAGAUGCCAGCAGAAGCCUGCAUCAGCAAGACUCUGAUGAUGAUGAUGAUGAUGAAGAAGAGGAGACUGUUCGACUGUCAGUUUAUUCUGAUGUUGCUGCUUGGCCAGUUCCAGUUCCAGAUGUUUUAAGAGUGGACCUUAUUAAGAGGGGAAGUGAACCUUUCCAAGAUAGAGAUGGGCCAUUCAGUCCUGUUGAAAGGCAAGGAGAGAAAUCAAAAGGGAAGAGUCGACAGCUGACCACUGCAUGGUUCUGUAAGGCUCUGCCUAAUGGCGAAAAAAUUCUUAGAACGUGGAUAGUGUACUCUCCAUCAAAACAAGGUUUGUUUUGUUUUUGCUGCAGACUUUUUGCUGUUGAUGACAAAGUAACAGGGACAUUCAGUUUUGUUACUGGGUUUCAAUUGUGGUGGAAGCUGAACCCAAAGAUGUCUGAUCAUGAGGCUUCUGAGCAGCAUCUUACAUGCUUGGAGAAAUGGAAGACCUUGAGAGCAGGAUUGAAGCUACAAAAAUGCCUUGAUCACGUCCAUCAAACAACAGUGGACAGAGAGAAAAGGAAAUGGAGGGAUAUUUUGCAUCGCCUUUUGGAUGUAACUUUGUUUCUGGCUCACCAGAAUCUUCCCUUUCGUGAUCAUAGAGAGACAUGUCAUCCGCAAACAAAGGCAACUUCCUGGAAUUGCAAUUGGUAG